AUGUCGACCACACCUGUCAUUGUCAGACGCAUCAGCAAUUCAGCAAAUUCAAUCAAUCACAACAACAACACUUCCCCAUCGUCGACCAAUUCAUCUUCACCAUCAUUAGCCAACAACAACAAUGGCAAUGCUGUGAACUCUUCUCCGGGAGUCGCCACUCGUCCUCGUGUCAUGAGAGUCCUUUCGAAACCCUCUUCGACAUCUGACACUUCCUCUCCUUCCGCAACAACCCACACUAGCACCACAACCACAACCAAUAGCACCACAACCACAACAACGACUCCUUUCACUAGUCCUUCGUCGACGGAUCCAACCAAUGAUGAAAAUUCCUCUUCAACCAUUCAUCAUUCAUCACAAACUUCAAAUGUUGCUGUCAAACGUGUCGUCAAGCGAUUGGUUGUGAAAAAACGAGUCGAAGGAGAUUCGACAUCAGCAUCACUUGUUUCAACCCAAGUCGAGAGAGACCACUCGGGGGAUUCUUCAACGACGAAUACGUCGUCGACCACGACAACAACAACAAAUCAUACAGAUGCUGUCACAUCACAAGUGCAUGCCGAAGAGGUUGUCACCGAAUCGAAUCCAAAGAAAUCUUUAUUGACAACCACAACCACAACAACCAAUUCGAAUCUUUCACAACCAUCAUCCUUACAAUCGUCAUCCAACAACAACCAAACAAGUUCAUCAAUGAUUUCCAAUGUCUCCAAUCACCUCUCUGUGGAAUCCUCUCCUUCUGCUGUGACAAGUGAAAGUCAUGAAAUGUCACUGAACACAUCUUCAAGUGCGCGUCAAUCCAUUUCAGAUUUACAAAGUAAAUUCAACAAUAUGAACAAUCAUAAUAAUAACAACUCAUCAGAAAAUAUUACUGAACAAGUUCAACCUCAAAAAAGAGUGGUUCGAGUGGGUGUGAAUCGAAAUUCUGGAAAAUAUGGAAAUAUAGGAGAAGUUCAAUCCAAUGCUUCACCUGAAGUGUCAAAUCAAGAAGAAUUUCAAUCUGGAGUGAAAGUGAGAAGACCAACUGCUCCGAGAAUUAAUACUGGACUUGUGAACAAUAACAACAACAACACGAACACCAACACCACAACUAGUUCAACAAGUUCAACAAUUUUGCCUUCUUCUCCAACUGUCUCCACAAGUGAGUGUCACUCGACAAACAAUUCCACAACGACAACAACAGAUAGUCCAAAUUCUGCUCGACGUGUUCACGGCAUUGCCAGUAUGCUCGCUCAAAAUGUGAAAUUAAUGACACCUCAACAAAUGCAAGAACAAAAACAAUUAGAAAACAGUAAGAAAAAUCAAGAUCGAUUGAGACCCAUGCGUCCAAAUGAAAUUCUCGAAUGGUAUGGAAUGGAUGCAUCGAUUGCAUUUACUCAUGCCAAAGAUGAUGUGAAAUACGAUGAAAAUUCAAUCGAAGAAUUGAAAAAACAAUUUCCAAAUAUAUCAUAUACGGAUUACUUUCAUAAUCCAAUCUAUGAUGAACAACUUGCUUGUGAAGAGAUUGAAAUUGACAUGACACCACAAGAAGUUCUUCAAUACAAUUAUGUGGUAGAUUUGAUGAAAAAAAAGAAUCCAAAUUUACUGACUUUGGAUCCAAUUUUAUUCGAAGAGGAAAUGAGAAAUGCCUCUCGAAGAGCGUCACUCACCAUUGCCACAAAAUCUGUGAAUGCACAUUUCAACAACUCAUCGAAUCAACAUUCCAAUCAAACCGAGAGUGUCACAUCCACCGAAGAUGUUCUUUCACGUGAGGACGUUGGGUUUCCCAUUCAGAAAUGUUCUAAAAAUUGGCGAUAUCAGCUUAAAAAGAAGAGAGAUCACUCUGCAAAGAAUUCAUUUAAGGAGGAUGUGGCAAGCAUGACACCAAGAGCCAAUGCACAACUUUCUCCUUCUUCACCAGUUACUUCGGCAUCGACAGCAGCGGUGAAUCCACUGUUUGAUCACUUGUAUUAUAUGCCAUGUUGGAAACAUCAAAUUCAACUUGAGCAAAUUUCAAAACGAUUAACACUUGAGGAAGUAAAGAAGAUUUAA